AUGGUCCAUGUCGUCAAGGCGGAUCUCACUCGCCACAUCCCCCUUCUGACCCAGCAAUUGUCGGGCGAGGUCCAGCGGUCAGUUCACGAGGCGCUGGGGUCUGAUGCGCAGUAUGUUGAGGUGAACGUCUUCCCGAAACUUCUGCGCGUGGUGGCUAUCGUUUCGGGUCUCGCGUUCGUCGGCCCUGAUAUGUACCGCCAAGAAGAGUACAUCACCAACAGCAUCACCUUCACAGUAGACCUGUUCGGCGCGAUCGCGAAACUGAAGGCUUGGCCCAACUGGGGCCCGGUGCGAGCCAUCGCCGCUCGUUUUAUCGAUCCGGUCAAGAGACUCCACAUGCAUCGGCAAAAAGCCUAUGACUACUUCAUCCCUCGAAUUCAGGAGCGGCGGAAGGCGACAGCAGGUCAGGAGGCUGGUGCGAAGCCCAAGGAUAUGCUCCAGUGGAUGAUCAACAAGGCAGACAAGUUUGACAUCAAAAGUGAUGAAGAGAUUGCUAUGAUCUUGAUCCUGCUAGGCGUGGCAGCCAUUCACACAACAACGUUGACCGUGGUUCACAUACUUUACGAUCUCAUCGGCCACUGCCCGGAAGUGAUAACUGAGCUCCGCAAGGAAAUCCAAACCGCAAUGGACGGCCAGGGCGGAAAGAUCACGGCCGAAGCCCUCUACCAGAUGAAACUCCUGGACUCUGUCAUGCGCGAGUCUGCAAGACUUAACCCGACCAACGUCAUGAGGAUGCAGCGCAGCGUGUUGCAGUCGUUCCGGCUAUCAGACGGAACGCUGAUCCCCGCUGGUGUCGACAUCGCCGUGCCCGCGCUGCCCGUCAACCUGGACGAGUCCAAGUACCCCGGCGCGCUGCGCUUCGACCCCUACCGGUUCGUCCGCCUGAGGUCCGGAGAAGAGCCCGACCCUAUUGGUUAUGCAAGCCGUGAGCUCUACCAGUUCAUCUCCGUGACGAAAGAGAACAUGGCCUUCGGGUUUGGCAAGCCGGCCUGUCCGGGACGGUUUUUUGCGGCGGCCGAGAUCAAGUUGAUACUCAUCUUCAUCUUGAUAGAUUAUGACAUCAAGAUGCCAGAUGGGUUGGAAGGGCGUGACUCGACGAUUUCUGGCAACUUCCUGAAAGCUCAGGAGCAGGAUGUGUUCCGCCUACGGGCAGAACAUUGA